AUGGCGAGAGGACGGCGGGGUCUCGUGGCCCCUCAGAACACGUUUCUAGAGAACAUCGUCCGGCGGUCCAACGAUACCAAUUUUGUGCUGGGAAAUGCUCAGAUCGUGGACUGGCCUAUCGUCUACAGCAACGAUGGCUUCUGCAAACUCUCUGGUUACCAUCGUGCUGAGGUCAUGCAAAAGAGCAGCACCUGCAGAUUCAUGUAUGGAGAGUUGACAGAAAAGGAGACAAUUGAGAAGGUUCGACAGACCUUUGAGAACUACGAGAUGAACUCUUUUGAGAUUCUGAUGUACAAGAAAAAUCGGAUGCCAGUUUGGUUUUUCAUGAAGAUUGCACCAAUCAGAAAUGAACAGGACAAAGUUGUCCUGUUUCUCUGCACCUUCAGUGACAUCACUGCAUUCAAGCAACCAAUUGAGGAUGAAUCUUCAAAAGGGUGGGGUAAAUUUGCCCGUUUGACUCGUGCACUAACCAGCAGUCGAGGAGUUCUUCAGCAGCUUACCCCUUCUGUCCAUAAAGGAGAGAAUGUCCAUAAACAUUCACGGCUGGCAGAGGUUCUACAGCUGGGUUCAGACAUCUUGCCUCAGUACAAACAGGAAACUCCAAAGACACCACCACACAUCAUUCUCCACUAUUGCCUUUUCAAGACCACAUGGGACUGGGUUAUCCUCAUCCUGACAUUCUACACUGCUAUCAUGGUGCCCUACAAUGUCUCCUUUAAGACCAAGCAGAACAAUGUCACCUGGCUGGUGGUGGACAGCAUUGUGGAUGUCAUCUUCCUCGUGGACAUUGUUCUGAACUUCCAUACUACCUUCGUUGGUCCAGCUGGAGAGGUUAUCUCUGAUCCAAAGCUCAUUCGCAUGAACUAUGUCAAAACCUGGUUUGUCAUCGACCUAUUGUCUUGUUUACCUUAUGAUGUCAUCAACGCCUUUGAGAACGUGGAUGAGGGAAUCAGCAGCCUCUUCAGCUCUCUCAAAGUGGUCCGUUUGCUGCGUUUGGGUCGAGUUGCCAGAAAGCUGGACCAUUACAUUGAGUAUGGUGCUGCUGUGCUGGUUUUACUGGUGUGUGUGUUUGGCCUGGCAGCCCACUGGCUGGCCUGUAUCUGGUACAGCAUCGGAUACUACGAGGUGAUCGACAAGGACAGCAACACCGUGAGGAUGGAUAGCUGGUUAUACAUGCUGGGAGAGACAGUGGGGACGCCAUAUAGAUUCAAUGCCUCAAGCUCAGGCACCUGGGAGGGAGGGCCCAGCAAAGACUCAGCCUACAUAACUUCAUUGUACUUUACCAUGACCAGUCUGACCAGUAUUGGCUUCGGAAACAUAGCACCUAACACAGAUGGAGAGAAGAUCUUUGCUGUAGCCAUGAUGAUGAUUGGAUCUCUGCUGUAUGCCACCAUCUUUGGUAAUGUCACCACCAUCUUCCAGCAGAUGUACGCCAACACCAACCGCUACCAUGAGAUGCUUAACAGUGUGAGAGACUUUCUAAAACUCUAUCAGGUCCCUAAAGGCCUAAGUGAGCGAGUGAUGGACUACAUUGUGUCCACUUGGUCCAUGUCUAGAGGCAUUGAUACUGACAAGGUGCUGCAGAUUUGUCCCAAAGACAUGCGAGCGGACAUCUGUGUCCACCUCAACAGGAAGGUGUUCAAGGAACACCCAGCAUUUCGACUUGCUAGUGAUGGCUGCUUGAGGGCCCUGGCCAUGGAGUUCCAGACCAUCCACAGUGCCCCUGGUGACCUUAUCUACCAUGCUGGAGAGAGCGUGGACAGCCUAUGCUUUGUGGUGUCAGGAUCACUGGAAGUCAUCCAGGAUGAUGAGGUGGUGGCCAUUUUAGGUAAAGGUGAUGUGUUUGGUGAUGUGUUCUGGAAAGAGAUGACGCUGGCUCAGUCUUGUGCUAAUGUCCGAGCACUGACCUACUGUGACCUCCACAUAAUCAAAAGAGAUGCACUGCAGAAAGUCCUGGAGUUUUACGCCAACUUUGCAAACCAUUUUGCCAGAAACCUGGUUCUUACUUACAAUCUAAGGAAGAGGAUCAUCUUCCGGAAGAUCAGCGAUGUGAAACGCGAAGAGGAAGAGAUGCUGAAAAGGAAGAAUGAGGCUCCACUCAACCUCCCUCCAGACCACCCAGUCCGACGUCUCUUCCAGCGUUUCCGGCAGCAGAAAGAGGCCCGUCUCGCUGCGGAGCGGGGUAGUCAGGCCACUGGCGAUGUUGAGAAAGGUGGUGUUCUCCUGGAGCCAGCCAGAAGUCCAGAGAUCCUUGCCUCCACCAGUAUUGUCAUAGUGACUGAGAACCAAGCUACACCCACCACUUCCUCUGCAUCCUCUUCAUCCAGGUCAUCCAGCCGAGUCAUGCUUCAUGUUCCCAUUACCCAAAAUGGCAACCUAACUGGUUGCAAAUCUGCAGAACCAUCCAAAGCUAAAGGCUGGGAACGUUUCAAGGAGUCAGUCAUUAAAGCUGAAUCCUGGAGGAGUGUGUCCAAGGCUGAAUCCAUGGAAACGUUGCCUGAUAGAACUAAAUCUCAUGAUGAGAUGUCACUCAAGAAAACGGAUUCAUAUGACAGUGGCAUCACAAAGAGUGAUCUCCGCUUAGAUGAUGUCAGUGGUGCCAGAACACCACAGGAGAAUAGUCCUGUCCAGUCUGAUGAAAAAAAUUUUUUUUGUCCAAUACCAGAGCAGAGUGUGCAAGCCUCUUUCCUCGAGCUCAAACAAGAAUUAAGAGGAGACAUCAGAUCUCUGAAAAAUCGCAUGGCAGUGCUGGAGACGCAGCUCGCAGAGGUCCUGCGACUUCUUAAAUCUAGGAAAUCAUCUGGGUCCUUUUUUGAGAUCUCUCGGCCACCCUCCCCCGACUCUGAUAAAGAGUCAGGGGAGUUAAACUAGAUGGCUGAUAAUCUUACACAUACCAAUAAAAAUGGUAGUGCUUGAUGAUGAUAACAUACAGACAGCAAAAGCACCUUUUGUGUUUGCAACAUUACUCCUCUGUUUUUGAGGUCACAGACUGAGCCUGGAAUAAAACAAAUCAUGACAGUCACUAUGGCGCCUUCAG